AUGACUUCAAAUAUGACCACUCUGUCCAUGAACCCAUUGGACAAUGACAGGAUCUGCCGGGCAAAGAAGCUAACUGGUAUACAUAGAGCAGAUCAUCCUAUUAACUUGACUAUUAUUGGAAUUUUAGGACUGGUUGUAUUGGUCAUUGAGGAUUCCCGGCUCCACAACCCCAUGUACUAUUUUCUGGGUGUGUUAUCAUUCUUGGAUGCUUGCUUUUCAUCUUCAAUUACUCUAAAUAUGUUAGUGGGUUUUAUGUCAAAGAAUAAAGCAAUUUCAUUCCUUGGAGGUGCAACACAGAUGCUGCUCUUUGUCACCUUUGGGACCACAGAAUGCUUUCUCUUGGCAGCAAUGGCAUAUGAUCGCUGUGUAGCCAUCUACAACCCACUUCUCUAUUCAGUUAACAUGUCACCCAGAGUCUAUGUGUCACUCAUCACUGCUUCAUAUGUUGGUGGUAUUUCACAUGCUACUUUACACACAGUAGCAACUUUUAGCCUCUCCUUCUGUGCAUCCAAUGAAAUUAGACAUGUCUUUUGCAAUAUCCCUCCACUCCUUGCUAUCUCCUGUUCUGACACUCACAUAAACCAGCUUCUACUCUUCUAUGUCGUGGGUUGUAUUGAGAUACUCACCAUCCUGAUUGUCCUGAUCUCCUACGGUUUAAUUUUGUUGGCGAUUCUGAAGGUGCCUUCUGCUGAAUGGAGGCAAAAAGUCUUUUCCACUUGUGGCUCUCAACUAACUGAAGUGUCAAUUUACCAUGGAACAAUCCUUUUCAUGUAUAUGAGACCAAGUUCCAGCUAUGCCUUGGAUCAUGACAUGAUAGAGUCUAUAUUUUAUACCAUUGUGAUUCCCAUGCUGAAUCCCAUCAUCUACAGUUUGAGGAACAAAGAUGUAAAAACAGCAAUAAAAAAAGUGUUUGGGAGAAUAAAGUAA